CCAUGAUGUCCGCAUCUCAAUCCCGAGAGAAAUGUCCGUCGCAAUCAUUCUCAUUGGAUGGCGUAAAUGCCCAACCACCGCCGAGUGACCUCGUCGACUUCGAUUGCCCCAGAGAUGUUUCUAAUCCCAUGAAUUGGCCUUUUUCGAAAAAGGUCUCCACCAGUCUACUAUACAGUUUGACAAGUCUGGGGUCAGUCUGGGCCAGUACCGCCUACGCGCCAGCUAAUGCCAAGAUAUCUGAGCGGUUUGAUGUCAACCCGGAGUUAGCCCUGGCCGGGACGAGCCUCUUAUUGCUAGGGUGGGGUUUUGGCCCCCUCCUGUGGGCUCCAUUAUCCGAAGUUCAUGGUCGAAAAUGGCCCGUCUUGAUACCAUUCCUCAUAUCUACAGUCAUGUCGUUUGGCACAGCUGCUGCCAAAGACAUUCAGACCGUCCUCAUAACUCGCUUUUUUACGGGCUUCUUUGGCUCUGCACCAAUCACUUGCACUGGUGGUGUAUUUGUAGAUCUCUGGCAUUCUACCCAACGUGGUAAUGCCAUUGUUGGCUACACCUUCUGCGUUUGCGGGGGACCGGCUCUCGGUCCAGUUGUUGGUGGUGCCAUCGUUUACUAUGGCGCAGACUGGCGGUGGACAGAAUACGUUACGGGCAUUCUCCAAGCUGCGAUAUUGCUUCUUGACGUCAUGCUCGUCGAAGAGUCUUACGUACCAAUAAUACUCUCUCGCAAAGCUGCGCGACUACGCAAAUCCACGGGUAAUUGGGCACUACAUGCAGAAUGGGAAGAGAAAGACGUCCUUUUUAAAGAGCUAGUUGUCAAGUUCGGCAUCCGCCCCCUCCAAAUGCUUGCAACUCCAAUCUGUCUGUCAAUCACGAUCUAUGUCUCCUUCAUCUACGCAACAUUCUAUGCCAGCCUCGCCUCAUUCCCAAUCAUCUUCCAAGAUACGCGAGGAUGGAACGAGUUCAUUGGAUCACUGCCAUUUCUAGCUGUCUUGGUUGGCAUCGCUGUCGGGGCGGGUGUGAACAUUGCGAAUCAGAAAUACUACAACAGGAGGUAUCUCGCAAACAAUUCAAUACCCGUCCCUGAAGCACGACUUCCACCGAUGAUGGUAGCUUCUUUCGUCCUCGCAGGCGGUCUGUUCGUUAUGGGAUGGACCUCCGAUACUUCUGUUCACUGGUUCAGCACUAUCGUUGGGGUAUUUAUGCUUGGCUUUGGCUAUUAUUCCAUUUUCACGUCCGGAGUCAAUUAUCUAAUUGACACAUUCCAGAGAUGGGGAGCCAGCGCUUUGGCAGCGAAUACGUUCGCGAGGUCUGUUCUGGCUGCUGUCCUACCUUUACUUAUCCCUGCCAUGUACCAUCGGCUUGGAAAUGGCUGGGCUUUCACCGUUCUCGGGGUUUUUGCGAUUUUGAAUAUUCCUAUACCGUUCGUAUUCUGGUUUUAUGGUCCCAAGAUCAGGAAGAUGGGGAAGUAUACGUCAAAUCUCGGAUGA